AUGGUUAACAACAUUGGCUUCUCCAAUGUUUACGAUGGGAUGGGAGUGUUGCCUAAUUCUCCAAAUGUGAACCAUAACCAAACUGCUUAUAAUUUUCUUCAACCACCUGCUGAGACCAAUUUUCAACUACCAACACCUCAACCUCAACCAUAUUUCGCUUUCCCUAUGGAGAAUAAUAACAAUAUCAAUGAAGGACUAGCCCAAGAGCUUUACUUAUCUGAUCAGUAUUCCAAUUCCAAUAUGGUUCAGCCUUUACCUCAACAAAAUGUUGCUCUUCCUUUGUUUAAUCAUGACAUCAUGAUGAACUAUGGAAUUGGAAUUGGAAAUGGAGGUGGAACCUCCUCAAUGAAUGACCACCAGCAUGAUCAAGAGAAUAUUAUUCAAGAACAAGCAAUGAAUAUGAUGCAGAUCAACCAACAAAACCAACAACAACUUGGUUUUCGUCUCACUUCAAGGACUCAUGAUUCAUCUCUUGUUCCUCUCCCUCCUGUUGCUGCUCCAUUCUCCAUUCCUCAAUUUCAAGGUGUUGAUGAGGAAGUUGAUAAGCCAAAAUAUAGGGUGAUAAUUAACAGCACUGUAAUCAAAGUUGAAGUAGGACCUUUCAAUGUUCGUGCAAAUUUUGGAGAUGGUGCAGUUCUAUUUGACUCCUCCGGCCAACAAGUUCCCACCGACGAAUGGGGUGUCACCCUCGACUCACUCCAACAUGGUGCUUCUUAUUACAUUGUAUGUGCUUUUUUUCUUCUUCCAAACUCGUAA